GUUAUUUGUACCAAGCUGGUCAUGGUCUUGCCUGCAUGGUUGCUGUAUCUUCAUCUUUAUUAAUUGUCAGGAGUUGGAAAUGGUAUCUGAGCUGGAAAGGGUCGGGGCUAAAUGAGAUUGUUUGAGGAUUGUGAGCUAGACAGGUGUUGCCAGUUUGACCAUCUCCAAGCCAGCGUGAAACCAGCUGGAACUUCCACCAGGGAACAGUUCUAGUCUGUGAAUAGGAUGAGUUCAUAAUCUUAGCUAUUAUCUUAGCUGGCAAUGCAUUUCUUUGUGUGGGAAAAAUGUGAUUGUCAUCAGUUCUGUUUAUGUCUCUGAAAUGAUAAUAUAUUUGUGUUUUUUCACCAUCCGUGACAUCCCCGACGCUGCUCAUCACAACCAAAAGCUGCCAUUGGCUGUCCAUAUUCGGCUAGCAACAAAAGAUCCAGAAAAAAGACCUGAGUAAUUAAUGAGCGCUGGAACUCCUGCUGGUCCUGAAAGCAAAUAGUGGCCGGAACUCAAUAGACAAACCAGGAAGUGGUGUGUGCUAAGUCCUCUCGUACGGUGCUGUUUUGGAGGGAGUACGGUCUAUGGAGUAGAUGCAUGUCUGGGAAGAGGACACAAAAUGUCAACCGCGGAGGAAAAAGACACUGCACAGGGGGACUGCGUGGAUGCCAAGCCGGAUAACAGCAAAGGUGACCAGAGUGACGGGUUGUUCCUGAAAUUGAAUGGCAGUUUCUUGAAAAGGCUUCAGGGGGCCCAUGCAGGUUCCCAGCCCGUGCAGGUGGACGCCAAGCCUCAGUCGCACAGUUUCAGGUACAGCCUGGACUACCCCAGCAUCGGACAGUGCAUCAUCAUCAACAACAAGAACUUCGACAGGUCCACAGGAAUGAACGCCCGUAAUGGCACGGACGUAGACGCUGGGAACAUGAUGAAAGCUUUCGGGAAGCUGGGAUACAAAGUGAAAGUUUACAAUGACCAGACCGUGAACCAGAUUAAGCAGGUGUUGCACGCAGCCUCUCAGGACGACCACAGCAGGUCAGCCUCGUUCGUGUGUGUGCUGCUUAGCCACGGGGAUGAGGGGAUCUUCUUCGGGACAGACGGCUUUGUGGAGCUUAAGACCCUGACCGGCUUCUUCAGGGGGGACCGCUGCACCUCGCUGGUGGGGAAGCCCAAACUCUUCUUCAUCCAGGCGUGCCGGGGGACAGAGCUGGAUGGGGGUGUCGAGCAGGACAGCACGGCGGAUGGGUCUACAGAGAGGAUCCCGGUGGAGGCAGACUUCCUGUACGCCUACUCCACCGCUCCAGGGUAUUACUCCUGGAGGAACACGGCCACCGGCUCCUGGUUCAUCCAGUCCCUGUGCGAGAUGAUGGCCCGCUACAGCCACGAGCUGGAGGUCAUGCAGAUCCUGACGCGCGUCAACCACAAGGUGGCGCUGAACUUCGAGUCCAGCUCCAACCUCCCGGGCUUCGACUGCAAGAAGCAGAUCCCGUGCAUCGUCUCCAUGCUGACCAAAGAGAUGUACUUCUACUAACCGUGUUUUUACUGUUCGUUUAUAACGGAGAGAGAAGGCCAGCUGUGCUGUAGUUUGCUCAUUUUUGGACUGCUGUAAAAAAAAAAAAAAAAAAAAAAAUUUUAUUUUCAUGGUCGUGAAUGCAUGAAUGAAUUGUGUUAGCUGUGUCUUAUCUUCUGCUGGAAAACCACUUCACGCACCAAGUGUGCAUACUUUGUGUUGUAGUAAGUUGCAUUGUAGCUAUCAGUCAGUACCUAUAUAAGCAGAACCUUUUUAUUCUCCAGCACACUUUAGGACCGUGUGGAGUAGGGAGAAACACAAUGGAGUUUUUUUGUUUGUUUUUUUUUUUUUUUUUACACACACACCAACCACUUGUUUGCACUACAAGGGAAACUUUAAUGCUGUCAUAUAGCGAUGUAGCAGGAAGCCUUGCAGGGUUCACUAAGGGAUUCCGUUAUCAUGCAGGACCUGGGAGGGGCUACGCUCUUGUGUUUUCGCACUGUAAUGCUUGCGCUCAGUAUCUAUUACAGCCGUUAUAGCACUGGCACCAAUACGCUCAUCAUAAAAUAUUUAAAUGUGAAUCACCAUUAAGGUUCCCAGCAUUAAAAUCUGCUUUGGACAAAUGCUAUGGCAUGUGUCUAGUAAUGAGAGCAGUGGUGCGAAAUGGAAUGGAACCAACAGGGUGCUGUGAGAGAUUUUAAUUGGUGGAACAAGGCGAUGAGGAGGUGCGGCCUCUUUAAAAGAGCUAGCCAUUUGGUUUUGGCUUGGCUUUGUAUGCAGUUUUUCCUAGUUUAAAAAAAAAAAAAAAAAAAAUCUUGCGGCCUUGAUUAAUGCAGUGUAAUUAUUUUUUCCUGAAGUUGAGCGUCUGGCGAUGUCGGCCAGCGUGCCGUUUACUAAGAGAGGGGCGUUUUGCACCACUAGAUGUGUUUCUCAGGGACUGAGGCAGUUGGUCGUCCUGGCAGUCGGUCAGUCAUUCAGGAUUCGCUGUUUAAGCACUAAGCUAAAGGCAUGGAUUGUGCUGUUGAGUAUGGGUAAGCCACAGCGUGUCUACUUGGACCCCCGGUUUUUUACCGCCAGUUAGUUCAGUCUAAACGGUAUUUAUUGAGCUCUUGAGUCCCCUCUGCUCUGGGAAUGGGUGGGAGAAGAUCUGUGCUUUUCCACACGCGAAGAAUUGACAAGGCUUCGAGGACCGCUACUGAAUUUUUGUCAGGCAAUUAAAAAUAUUUCACAGCAGCUCACUCUGACUGGUUCAGGGUGGAGAGUCUCUGUCUGAUGUCACAGACCCUCCCCCUUUUUUGCUCAGUUGUCUGAAGUUUUCCUUCCUUCCACCACUUGCACAAACCGCACGUGUUCGUGUUCAUGGUCGUGAAACCGCAGGAAGCGCUUCCUGUGAAUGUGCCUUUUGGUCGCCGGCAGGUACCAUCGAGUUCAGAGAGAAUCGGAACAAUCAAAAAACAGUGGUGCGUGGGUCUUGUUUGUGUGGGGAUGGGGAUUGGAAGGGGGAUGGGGGAGUGUUUAAACCUCUGAGGAGAUGGACUAAUUUUGGCUUUGCAAGUUAUUGUAGGCUCUGAACAUUCUAGAAUCUAGAUCCGAGCGUUGUGUUAAAGUUUUGAGCUUAUCGAUUGCAUGGAUGUCUGCGUUGUGAUAUAAUUCAGCUAUAUCCAGGGCUAAGAUCUUUUGGUGCCAGUUUGUCAGACAUUAUCUUGUGGAGUCUCUUUUCCAAGAACUGACCUAGGAUUUUUUUUCUGUUAACCACAACUGCUGAAAUUCUUAACACAACAGAACAACUUUUUCUACAAUUUUACAAAUUUUUACCUGGGAGGACAAUCUUACAAACAUUUUUUCUACUUUUCACACAUAAUUAUUGAAUAUGCUGUUUUUAAAAUUGGAUUGCACAAAAUUUUCAGGGAACAAUAUUUCAUGAACAUAUUUUUUUAGGAAAUUGAAUCCUGUUUUCUUGUGUUUUUUUUUAUUCAUCAUGCACAGUGAGCCACAGUUUGUAUCUCCAAACUCACACCAAAGGGAGCAAUAAAACCAAUAAAGGUUUUUUUUUAUAAGUUAAUGUGUGUAUCCCAGUUAAGUAAUAUCCUAAAAAGAAUAAAAGCAGUCUAAAUGUCUGUUCUGAAAGA